ACCAAUAAAUAAUUUUUGUUAAAAAUAAAAAAUAAUAAAGUUUCCAUACUAUACCUAAUCUAAACAUAUUUUCAAAUUUGUUUUUUAAGAUAGACAUUUUUUAUCAAAUGGAAAAAGAGGAUACUCUUAUUUUUUCGUUGUGUGAAUCGGAUUUUUGUCGUCUAUGUGGUCUAAGCAAUACAUCGGGAUUCAUGAUUUAUGAAAAAGAUGAUUUAGCAGAUCCAACUAUUGCUGAUUUAAUUAACCGCUAUUUACCUAUUCAAGUGUCAGACGAUGAUAUAUAUCCAAAGAAAAUAUGUAUCAAUUGUAAAUGCCAAUUGGAUAUGCUUGUUAAGUUUAUUAAUGACCUGUCUGAUGGCCAACAGUUUCUUCAAAACUUAUACCAGAUGUAUAAGAUUAAACAAUCAUCGUUGUCUGCUGAUUAUACAGAUAAUAUUGAUGAAGGAAUAAGUUACACAAUUCAUCAGAAUACUAAGGAUAUGAACAUAUUUGUAUGUGAAGUAUGUGGAUUACAAUUGGCACAUAAGAACGAACUAAGGAUUCAUUUAAAAAAACAUGUAGUUCAAGCACAGGAUCAAGAAGUUACUGCAGGGAGAUUUGAAUGUGAACAAUGUAAAAAAACAUUUGCUCAUAAAAAAGGAUUGAAUACACAUUUAAAAAUGCAUCAAGGCGAUAAAAAGUAUGAAUGCGAUGUAUGUAAAAAAAAGUAUUUUCAAAAUGGUAAUUUACAAGAACACAUGCGUAUUCAUACUGGAGAGAAACCGUUUAAAUGUACACACUGUUCAGUUUCAUUCAGAACAUCAUCUCAGUUAAAAACCCAUUUGAGAUGUCAUAGUGGCGAUAAACCAUACAAAUGUACUGUGUGUGAGAGAUCGUUCCCACACACUAAUACUUUAAAACUCCAUUUAAGGCGUCAUUUCAAUGAUCGACAGUAUAGUUGUGAAUAUUGUCCGAAAAGUUUCUUUGACCGAACAGCGCUCGUUAGACAUUCUCGUAUACAUACAGGGGAGAAACCUUAUUUUUGUAACAUGUGUAACAAAGAAUUUGCAACAGUCACUAACUUCAAUAAACACAAAAAGAUACAUACAAGAGAUAAAUAUUCAACUGUGUGGGAACUCACCACUAAAUUUUGCAAAGACAGCUCAGAUGUUGAUUACGUUAGUGCUACAAUUAUCAACAAUGAAAUUCUAGAUGAGCAAAAUAAAACUCAGGAUUUAUUUUUAACUGAUAAUCAAAUAAAAGAUUUAAAUGUUGACCUGCAAAACAGUAGUGAUAACAACUUGGACGAUCUGUUGAAUGUGAACACAUCUUUUACAUCCUUAAAUUCUAUUAGUUUUAACGAAUCUAUUUUGGAAUUGAACGAUAACACGUAAUAAAGUUCUCACUUAAAUUAUAAUUUAUAUGUUAUUUAAAUGUUUAAUUGUUGUAUGACAUGUAGCAUUAAUGAUUUUGAAUAGUCCUCAAUUCAGUAUAAUAUGGUUAUCAAAACAUUUGUUCCUUUUAAUGUUGUAUAAAACAAUUAGUUCU